AUGACCAUUCGUCUAAUGCCUUUGGAUCCCAUUGCAAUGAAGUUCAUUAAGAAUUACUGGGGGAAUGGGUCUCUGCCUGGCUUCCUCCACAAAGCUGUCCAAAACAGUGGUGGAAACGUGGCUAAUGUGGAGGCAAAGCUUGUGUGUCCAAGAAGAGGAGAACCAUCUACUGAUGGUGGCCUGAAACCAAAGAGCAGAGAAAAGCCUGUCUCCACUGUCCACCCUCCGCUGCUCUGCAGUCAGAGGCGCAAGAGCCCUGAACUGCAAGCCUUGGCGACGCCGCCCGCCGACCUGCCCUCCUGGACGCGGAGCCUAAACCUGAGUCACAAUAAACUCUCUGAGAUCGACCCUGCUGUUUUUGAGAACUUGCCGAAUCUACAGGAAGUGUACCUCAGUAAUAAUGAACUGACAACCCUCCCAUCCCUGGGUGCUGCAUCGAGGCACGUCAUCUCUCUCUUUCUGCAGCACAAUAAGAUUCGAAGUGUGGAGGGGAGUCAGCUGAAGCCAUACCUGUCUUUGGAAGUGUUGGAUCUGAGUUCCAACAACAUCACAGAAAUCCGGAGUUCCUGCUUUCCACAUGGACUGCCCAUAAGGGAGCUAAACCUGGCAAGCAACCGAAUCGGCACCCUGGAGCCAGGAGCAUUUGAUGGUCUGUCGCGGUCGCUGCUGACUCUUCGCCUGAGCAAAAACAGGAUCACCCAGCUUCCUGUGAAAGCCUUCAAGCUCCGCAGGCUGACACAGUUGGACCUCAAUCGGAAUCGGAUUCGGCUAAUCGAAGGCCUCACGUUCCAUGGACUUGACAGCCUGGAGGUGCUGAAGCUUCAGCGGAACAACAUCAGCAAGCUGACGGAUGGUGCUUUCUGGGGACUGUCCAAGAUGCACGUCCUGCACCUGGAGUACAACAGCCUGGUGGAAGUGAACAGUGGCUCGCUGUACGGCCUCACAGCUCUGCACCAGCUGCACCUCAGCAACAACUCCAUCUCUCGCAUUCACCGUGAUGGCUGGAGCUUCUGCCAGAAGCUGCAUGAGUUGAUCCUGUCCUUCAAUAACCUCACACGGCUGGACGAGGAGAGCCUGGCGGACCUGAGCAACUUGAGUGUGCUGCGACUUAGCCACAAUGCCAUCAGCCACGUCGCCGAGGGUGCCUUCAAGGGACUCAAGAGCCUGCGCGUCCUGGACUUGGACCAUAACGAGAUUUCUGGCACAAUUGAGGACACCAGCGGCGCCUUCAUGGGACUUGACAACCUCAGCAAGCUGAGUCUCUUUGGAAACAAGAUCAAGUCUGUGGCUAAGAGAGCAUUCUCGGGGCUGGAAGGCCUGGAGCACCUGAACUUGGGGGAGAAUGCAAUCAGGUCUGUUCAGCCCGAUGCCUUUGUGAAGAUGAAGAAUCUUAAAGAGCUCCGUAUCAGCAGCGAGAGCUUCCUGUGUGACUGUCAGCUGAAGUGGCUGCCAUUGUGGCUCAUGAGCAAGACGCUGCAGGCCUCCGUGACGGCCACCUGUGCGCACCCGGAGCAGCUGAAGGGCCAGAGCCUUUUCUCCGUGCCUCCAGAGAGCUUCGUGUGUGAUGACUUCCCAAAGCCACAGAUCAUCACCCAGCCGGAGACAACUGUGGCUGUGGUGGGCAAGGACAUCCGGCUCACGUGCUCAGCAGCCAGCAGCAGCAGCUCCCCUAUGACCUUUGCCUGGAAGAAGGACAAUGAAGUCCUGACCAACGCGGACAUGGAGAACUUCGCGCACGUCCGUGCGCAGGACGGGGAAGUGAUGGAGUACACCACCAUCCUGCACCUCCGUCAAGUCACUUUCGGGCACGAGGGCCGCUACCAGUGUGUCAUCACCAACCACUUUGGCUCUACCUACUCACACAAGGCCAGGCUCACUGUGAAUGUUCUGCCAUCGUUUACCAAAAUACCCUAUGACAUUGCCAUCCGGACUGGUACCAUGGCCCGCCUCGAGUGUGCUGCCACCGGCCACCCUAAUCCCCAGAUUGCCUGGCAGAAGGAUGGAGGCACCGAUUUCCCCGCAGCUCGCGAGCGACGCAUGCAUGUCAUGCCUGACGAUGACGUGUUCUUCAUCACGGAUGUGAAAAUAGAUGACAUGGGCGUUUACAGCUGCACUGCUCAGAACUCGGCUGGCUCCGUCUCAGCGAACGCCACCCUGACUGUCCUAGAGACCCCAUCCUUGGCAGUGCCCUUGGAGGACCGCGUGGUGUCUGUGGGAGAGACAGUGGCCCUGCAGUGCAAAGCGACUGGGAGCCCCACACCUCGCAUCACCUGGUUCAAGGGGGACCUUCCCCUGAGCCUGACUGAGAGGCACCACUUCACCCCAGGCAACCAGCUGCUAGUUGUUCAGAAUGUGGUAGCGGAGGAUGCGGGCCGCUACACUUGCGAGAUGUCCAAUACCCUAGGCACGGAGCGAGCGCACAGCCAGCUGAGCAUCCUACCCACCCCUGGCUGCAGGAAGGACGGGACCACCGUGGGUAUCUUCACCAUUGCAGUGGUGUGCAGCAUUGUCCUGACGUCACUGGUGUGGGUGUGCAUCAUCUACCAAACCAGGAAGAAGAGCGAGGAGUACAGUGUCACCAACACAGAUGAAACCAUUGUGCCACCAGAUGUUCCGAGCUACCUGUCUUCUCAGGGGACACUUUCUGACAGGCAGGAAACUGUGCUCAGGACCGAGGCUGCCCAUCAGGCCAAUGGGCACAUUGAGAGCAAUGGUGUCUGUCUGAGAGAUGCAAGCCUCUUUCCAGAGGUCAGCAUUCAUGGCCUUGCGUGUAGACAGCCCAGGCUCUGCGUGGGAUAUAAUAAAGAGCCGUGGAAAGUGGUGGAGAAAGUCAGUGGGACCCAUGGUGCACACAAGAUGGAACCCAGUAGCCCUGCUGUGUGUAGUGACUGCAACCCUGAGCUGGACAGCUACUCCAAGGAACAAGCCUCUCCUCAGCCUGUGUCUAGAGACAUUGCACAGCCAAGUACGCCAAGUGGCCAGGAGCCCAGGCUGACUAACCGAGAGCAUUCUCCACACCAUCCUCACAGUGGGCCUGCUGACGGCGCUCUCACUGACUGCACAGCGCCCCUCUACCCCAGUAACCAUGACAGAAUGCUGCCAUCUGUGAAGCAGCAGCCAGUGGCCUCUCUGGAUAGAAAAGGGGAUUCUUCGUGGACUUUAGCAAGGUUGUAUGAACCAGACUCCACAGACUUGCAGCCUUCAUCUACAUUAACUUCGGGCAGCCCGGACCUCACGGACGCCCCCUCGGGCUUCCCUGCUGUCCCCAGUGAAGCCCAGCACUUGCUUGUUUCCAACGGCCACCUCAAGGCCUGUGACUCCAGCCCUCAGUCUACACCACUGACAGGACAGCUCCCUGGGAAACGGAGGGGACCAUUGCUACUGGCCCCGAAAAGCUAGGCUUCCUACCUCAGCUCCUGUGCCUGUGUGUGCAGGAAGGAGGUGAGAAGCAGAGGAAGCUUGAGUUCAAGCGUCAUCUGUACAUAGUUCCUACUUCCUGCGGAGGCUGGCAGCUGCUCACAGGAUUCGCAUCUGCAGCACAGAAAUGCAAGAGGUUGUGUACAAAGGCAGAAAGUAUUUGAUACCAUUGUACAUAAGAGUUUUCAGAGAUUUCAUAUAUAUUAUAUAUCUUUUACAGAGGCUAUUUUAAUCUUUAGUGCAUGGUUAACAAAAGAAUUAUACAAUUUUGACAAUAUUAUUUUUUCAUAUCAGGUUGCUGUCAGAUUUUGAGGAGGGUCAAGAAAUAGUUCUGGUGCCUUAACGCGUGGCUGAAAUUUAGAGGUGAACAACUGCAUUUGUUUCCUGGCAGGGUGGGAAGGUCGGUAAGUCUGUGGCUUGCUUUUGUGUGCAGCAGCACCCACAGACACAACCUGCCUGAAAUGUGUGUGUGGGUCGUGUGGGCAGCCGAAGACCCCUCCUCCUUGUAGAUUUAAUCCUCCCUUUAGAGCGGAGAAUGAGGGUUAUUAAUCCACCCUGAGCAAUGGGUCAGAACGAUCAAGCGCUGCCUGCCUGCCGCCUUCGCAGCUCAUUUGGUGAUACAAGUAAACGUGGUUGUCAGUCAGUAGCCUUGGAUUGUCAUUUGAGAGUUUUUAUUAAGGUAGAGGCUGCUGGUGUUGGUACCUGUGGAUUUUUUUUCAAUAGCUUUUAGCUCUGCUAAUAAAAUGCUAUACCAGGAAUAACAAGGACAGAGUUGUCACUUUUCAGGGCUAGCUUAUUUCUACUGAGGAGCAGGCCUGCCCCCACCCCUCCCUCAUGCAGAGGGAGCUGGGCUCUCGGCUCUAGACCUGAGGCUGUUUAUUUGCACUUUGAGACCUACCCAUCUCGUGCCAACGUAAAAUUCAGUAAAAAUUACAUUGAACCAACCAAGGUCCUUAAAAUGUCAGAAAGCAAGUUCCUGCAGCCAGAGGGCUGGAAGGAGGAACUGACGACGGGUCCCUUGUCCAGCUUUGCUGUCGGAGGUCACUGUCCGUAAAGGUAAGCACAUUGAACAUGCUGUUCCCAGCAGUUAACUAAUGUUACUUCCACAAGAUAUGUGAAUUUGCUGCUUCUGAGAGGCAAUGUGAAAAAGGAAGUAUUACUUUUAUGUACAAAGUUAUUUAUUUAUAGAAAUUUUGGUACAAUGUACAUUGAGAAACAUGUAAAAUAUUGAAGUGUCUAACAAUGGCAUUGAAGUGUCUUUAAUAAAGGUUCAUUUAUAAGUGUUAA